AAUACAACUUUAUAACAAUUUGAUGUUACAUUAAAUUUUGUAUUUUAUGAUGUUUCAAUUAAAAUUUCCAUUAGCAAUGUCGCCUGAAUAUAUUUGAUUUUUUCAAUUCCGUUUGGUCGGAAUUUAUAUUAUUCAAUAUAAAAUGAAUUUAAUAAAUGUAAUUUUAUUUUAUUUUUGUAUAGCCGUGGUUAGAUCGACGUGGUUAGAUGAGUAUUUGACUAAACUUCGAAAAAGACCGAAGGGAAAAAAAGCCGUUCACGUUAAAUCUCAAAAUGUUAGAAGAUACACGAAUCCUCUAGAAGAUCAAGUAAUAUGGCCAAUCUAUCAAAAUGGAUAUGACCUAAGCAUAAACUCUGGUCAUAAGGUGAUGUCACCUCUACUGAGGUCAAAAAAACUUUAUAGACACCCGGCUUAUCGGACCAAAAACAAUGUUGGGAUUAGGAUGAAAACGUAUAUAGCGCCUGCGAAAAAACUCAAAAGAACGAGCACGUUGCCGAAACGAUACCAUCGACCAGCGGGGCCUAACGUAAAUGCCCACAUACCUAGAGUGGGCGGGUUACAUCCAGGUCACACCCUUCUGAAGCCCAAGGGAAGAACCUUGGAGUCUGCUGCGAAUUUCCCCAAAGACAAUACUGAUCAUUUAGUCUACGGAAACCCUAUGCAUUUUGGUAUUACCUAUAAUAAGACGCGAUCUAGAAUACAAUAUUCAGAUUUUAGAAGAAUGAAUGAUGACGAUGUUGUGGAAAAUACAGUUUUAAAAGCAAUUUUGAAAUUAAAAUCUUUUCAAGAACGAGCAGGACGGAGUAGUAACGGAGUGAUUGUGAUCGGGAUUGAGCCCCAGGAUAAAAAUGAUAUCGAUGACGGGUCAAACGAAGCAGCCGAGGUAAUGGACUUGAGGAGAAGCAAAAAAUAUCAAAAUCACGAGAAAUUAGCUAGAGGAGACAAAUAUAACUCGUAUUCAGGGUCCCAGCAGCGUUCAAAGGAAGAAGAGAAAUCAGAGUCGGGCGAGUUUGACAGGAACGCUGGCAAUCCGUACACGUUGCACAGGAAUAGGUACCAUCAAAACUGGAUUUGGAAUCAUUUUAUGGAUGGAGAUCACAUGAACAUAGAUCCUUAUGGGCCAAAAGUUGGUGCAAUUGGACCAACGGGCUACGAUCUAUUUUUCGGUAGAAAGUGGUGGUAUUUUAAUCAGGAUGACUAUAAGCCACUGGGAUGAAUUUGGAACAACACCAAUUUAGUACCUGUAUGAAAUGUGUAAAAAGAACUUAAAUUGAUAGAAAAUCUAUAAAUUAUAUCUGAAAAUAAAUUAUUUCACAUA